GAAACCCCCGCUGAUGUUCCUGCAACAACUGAACCGCCAACUUUUACCUCAACCACCUACCUCACCCGACCUCACUCCUUGACAAGACAAGACAAGACGUCCAUCCAUCAACAUCACGGUCAUGUCCUUUCGUUCAGCUGUUCCUUUGUUCUGCAUUUGACCUCCAUAUACCCUGGGCCUGUUGUUCAUUGCAUUGGCGGCUUGCUGUUUCGGGGACCUACUACAACACCUCGGUCGUCUGAUUCACGAUAAGAUACAUACCUCUAUUUAGCGUAACCUCGGAAUCUCGAAGCCCGCAAACAAGUCACCGCCAACAAUCAUCAUGUCGAAUCCCAAUGCCCUCCUCCUUCUCGCUGACCACAUCAAGCUGUCGCUUCUUGAACGGCAAAGGGCAAAGACGUUGAAGCUGUCGAGCGACACCCAAGAUGGCCAUAUUUCCCGAUCACUUGACCAGUUUCGUGAGGGUCUUGAAUCUGUCCGAGCCGAGCAUCAGCGUCUCCAUGAAGCCGGCGACGAAGCAAAGGCCUCCACGCUGAACGAUACGCUCUCGUCGCUCCAAAAACAGUUUGACGACCUCACCUCCCAAUUCCACGGCUACGCUUCGCCUGCUACCACCUCAACGCUCACCCAACCCAACGACCCUUCUCUCGCCCAAGACUUCGCCCAUGCCCAAUCCUCGAAACCCAUAGCCGCGUCCACGACGACUCCCCCGCCCAUACAGCGUCGUGCCUCCAAGACUGUCCGUUUCUCGUCACCCAACAGUGACCUCGAAGCCCAAGCCUCUGCCGCCAACAAGUCUGCUCGCUCUCAGCUAUUUCCAUACCGCGAUGACCCCGUCUUGGAUGACGACUCAGCUGGCUAUCGCGACACCAUCGAUGGGCACGAUAUGGACAACACUCAGAUACACGCCUAUCAUCAGCGGAUUCUGGAAGAGCAGGACGCCCAACUUGACGCUCUAGGAGCUAGCAUCUCACGGCAACGCGAGCUGAGCAUGCAAAUUGGCGAUGAGUUGGACAACCAGGUCACGAUGCUCGAUGAGAGCGAACGGGCGGUGGAUAGGCAUCAAAAUGCCUUGGAUCGAGCAAGGGAUCGGGUGGGCCGUUUUGCGAGGGCAGCAAACAACAGCGGAGAGGGAAAGCAGAUGGGCAUCAUCCUGGCACUGAUCAUCAUUUUGGUGCUUCUGAUUAUUAUACUCAAGUGAGUAUAUGGGGCGAGUCUCAAUGGAAAUGCCCCAAGACACAUUUGCUUCAGUGGACACAGACAUUGUUACAAGUUUGUCAGGCAAGUGUUUCCUCAACAGGCCAACAUGAGAAGAACAUCAACGGCAGGCUUUGGAGGACCUCUCAUUCACAUUCUCAUCCUUUUUUGUUGGACUGGGUACAAUCAUGGGUAUUUGAAUUUCACAUUGGCGUGGGGCAUCGCAUCAUGUACAACGGUCGCUUAUACAGCAAGCGCUUUGUGGUACAGGAUGUCAUUCAAUCUUUUUUCGAAUUCGAAUUAACAUACACACACCACUGGGUCGACACGUGUUUGUGUUUGAAUCGGAAUGACUUUGUCACAACAGGGCUGCUCACUUACACCGGACUGCCUAAUUCAUCGCCGACGCCCGACUCUAAAGGAGACAUAGACGGUCUAGAACUAUGGCAAGGAGAUGACACCUUGUCAUGUCGGCCGCCUCCCAACAACGACUCAAUCCUCCCUCGAACUUGCGACUUAUUUUAGUCAUGGAACGACCGGACUCUAUACUACGUUACCGGUUCUGGAAACAGUAGCCCUACCUACAGGGAUUGUCCGGUAGUAACCAUGUCAUACUCGUCAUCUUCUACUCGUUCGCUCAUAGUCACUGCUUCAGGCCGACGGAUUCAACGAAGGGGAUUGUAGUAUAGUGUGUUCAUUGCAGUCGGAAACCGAGAGGUAUAUCUCCGCCUUCAUGUCACCACCUUCGAACAAUCAAGGAAUCAAGUAUAUUGCCAGUCUACAAAAGCCUACAUCCUCCCGCCUGACCAGGCACUGCAAUCAACUAUAAACAUCUUGCACUCGGCAAUCAUUCAUCAACUGAGCCACACGUCUUAGACGGAUUAAACCCGAGCUGCAACCCUAGGCGGCGCAUCA